UCUAAAGAGUAGCUUAGAGCAAAAUCUGGUAAAAGCUAAAGCCUCACAAUGACUGGCCUAAGCCGUGACCCAAAACAAUUGGUGCAUGAAAAAACUGAUAUGGGUGACCGCUGAUAUUCAUAAGAUUUUAGCUUUUGGUGAAGGCCAAUUCAGGGAAGGCAUGCUGACAUAUGUGAAACCUUCGGUGCGCGCGCUGCCCCUUCCCUCUGCUCUCACACCUCUGUUCUUGUUCAACUCUAAAUCUCUCCCUCGAUGUUGUUGGCAGCAGAAGCCAUCACGCUUGCAGCUCAAGUGGAAAGGGGAAAUUGGGACGAGGGGCCUGCGUGUGAUGGCACAAGCCAAAAGAGUUUUGCUUGACAAACUUAAGCAGCCCAAGGAAUUUGCUUUGAGCAUAGAAUAUGAAUCACCAUUGCAAAUUGUUGAGUAUCCUGAUCCAAGAUUAAGAGCCAAGAACAAGUUCAUCAAUAAAUUUGAUGAGAAGCUCGAGAAAUUAGUAAACGAGAUGUUUGAUUUGAUGUACAAGACUGAUGGAGUUGGUCUCUCUGCACCACAAGUAGGAGUAAAUGUUCAGCUCAUGGUGUUCAAUCCUGCGGGUGAACGUGGCAAAGGAGAGGAGAUUGUUCUCAUCAAUCCAGAGAUUUACAAGUUUUCUAGCAAAACAGAAGUUUUUACAGAGGGUUGCUUAUCAUUUCCAGAAAUUUAUGCUGAUGUUGGGAGACCCUUGUCUGUAAAGAUUGAAGCUCAGAAAUUAACAGGGAAGAAAUUCACUUUGAAACUGAAAGAGUUCCAUGCACGAAUUUUCCAGCAUGAAUAUGAUCAUCUUCAGGGAGUUCUCUUUUUUGAGAGGAUGCGGCCAGAAAUUCUUGAAACUAUCCAGCCAGACUUGCAGGCCUUAGAACUGAAAUAUGAGAGGAAAACUGGUAAGCCUGCUCCUGAAAAGAUUAAAGCUAACUAAAAUUAUUGGUGACUAGGUGUCUGUCAUCUGUGACAUUUGAAGAUUUCUCCAAAACAAAAGAUUCAAGGGCAGUCAAUGUAGGAAUUUGUGCAGUAAAAAUUACAACCAUCUUAUGUUGACCCAAUAGUGGGGUACUUUAUGUUCAAAGCUCUUGCUUAUUUGGAGCCAUGUCAAACAACAAUUUUUUUAACAAGAUUGUGAAAAAGAAAUUCAAUCAUAACUUGUACCCUAAGUCAUAUCUGUUUCGUGAAUCUAUUUAUCAUUCCAUUAUUUCUUUUUGGUGAAA